UUUCAAACAGAAAGACUUUUGCCUGUGGGAAGAUGACAGCUUUGUACACAGCUUCCCACUCCUCUGCAAUUUGUGGUGCGUUUCUGUAAUCUGAGCUGCACAUUGCUCAUCACUUAGUAGCCUCAGUUUUCAGGAGCUAACCCUAGCAACUUGCUGUCCCUAUCCGUCCAAUGGCCGAUAACAGCAAGCAGGGAGAAAGACGCGAGAUCCGGCUGGGGCCUGACUCCUUUCCCGAUCACCCCGUUGGCUCGAAAUUUGUUCAGGAUCUAAAGUGUGCCCUUGAGCAGCAGGACCGGGAACGGGUGAACCACCUCCUCCAGCAUCGUGUUAAAUGCGUGGAUGCCAUCAUCGAACUUUCCAACGAUGACUGGAUGAAGGAUCCAUCUGCCCAACUGGACCCUCUUGUUCUACUUGGUCUCUGGUCUCUGGAGUACAAGCAAGAGCUGACCAGCCCCCUCUGCAUUGCUGCAGGGCACGGCUAUACUGACUGCCUGCAGUAUCUGCUCCAACGAGGGGCCAAGCCCAAUAUGAUUGUGGGGACCAAGAACGCCCUCCAUGCAGCCUGUGAGAAUGCACACACGGAUUGUACGCAGCAGCUGCUAGAACAUGGAGCUAACCCCAGACUGCUCACGGAGGACGGACUGUCAGCCCUGCACCUCUGCAACACCGCGCAGACCUUUCGGUGCGCAAAGCUGCUGCUGAAAUACCGUGCAGAUGUCAACCAGUUGACCGAGGAUUUGGAGAGUCCCUUGCAUGUGGUGGCCAGACAGGGCCUGCACAACCACGUCCACCUCUAUCUAAGGUACGGGGCCAUCGUGAACACCAUGAACGUCCACCGGGAAUCACCACUCGGGAGCGCCUGCGGCAAUGCGUGGAGCCCGGAGAGUCAGGAGGACUACCUCCAAGCGUGCAAGGUCCUCAUCACGUACGGCGCCAACGUGAACUCUGUGGAUGACGAGAACCGCAGCCCACUGCACAAGGCAUCCAAGAAUGCCAGCCUCCAGCUGGUGCAGCUGCUGCUGAAGCACAAAGCCGACGUCAAUGCCAUUGAUUACAAUGGGUGCUCGCCCCUCGCCAACGUGAUCCAGACAGCACCUUUUAAGGAAGAACUCAACCCCCACCGCACUGUCCAAGCCUUACUCAACCAUGGCUCCCGCAGGGUAUGGCCUGCCGCCUUCCCCAAGGUGCUGAAAAGCUGCGCAGGUUCUCCCAGGACAAUUGAGGUUCUGUUUAAUUCAUAUCAACAAAUCCAGGUGACUGAAGAAUGGAUGGAGGCGGUGCCAGAGGAAUUCUUCCAGCUUCACCGGCCAUUCUAUGAGUCCCUCUUUGCUCUUGCCUGCAGCCCUCGCUCCUUGCAACACCUGUGCCGUUUUGCUGCCAGGAAGCUGUUUGGUGACCAGUGCCACGCCCUUAUCCCCAGGCUGCCAAUGCCAAAAUGUUUGCGUGCAUACCUACUCCUGGAGCCAGAGGACCUGGUGUGUUAGUGUCGUUCACUCGCAUUCUUCCAUCGUCCUUUUCACUCCACAACAUAGCACCAACCGCAAAGUGUCCAAGGGACUGUUCAGAGUCUCCAACAUUGGAACCAGAACAAAAGGGUUAAGUUAUAACGACAAGUUUCACAGGCUAGACUUGUAUUCCCUUGCGAAUAUGACAAUUAUGGGGUGAUCUAAUUUAGCUGCUUAAGAUGAUUAAGGGUGUGGAUAUGUUGAUAGAAACUAUUGCUCCUGGUCAGUGACUCUAGAACAAAUGGCCAUAAAUAUAAAAUCAGAACCCAGGAGGGUAAAUGCAGUUACGCUAUUCAGCAGCCAUUGUUGAACUGGCCGGCAGAACACACUUGAGGGGUUGAAUGUCUUUCUCCCAUUCCUAACUGCAGAAGAAGUCACGAAUUCCAGUAGAACAGUUGGAAUCACAAAGGCUUGGAAAGCUCUUUGACUUAAUGGAAGAUGCUUCCACAUGCAAUUGGCAAGAAUCAUUUCAAAUGGUCCACAAAUCAUCAGCACCCAGGCAUUUCUUUGGUUGUGCAUAACUUUAGUUUCACCCCAGUCCUGGCCCUUGCCCCCAGUUCCCUCAACCACCCACCUGCACUUCUCCAGGGGCUAGAAUCUCUUGCUCAAGAUCAGUCUCUUACCUGCAGGAAUGUCAUCAGCACCCGCCCAAGUGAUUGCCCCUCAAACUGCAGGUUAAAGAUAAACAUUUCACAGCAACACGGUUGUGUCUUCACCCCGAGAUCUAGAGCAAAGUUUGCAUUUGUAGAUAUUUUUAAACAACCAAUUCAAGUAUGUCCUGACACACCUCUGGCACAGGUGGGAUUUGAACGCACAUCUCCUAGCCCAGACUUUGGGACACAACCACUCCAGCACAAGGACCCUAAGAUGUGCAUUUAUAUAGCACCUUUCACAGGGUUCACAGCUUUCCCAAAAUCAGUCACAGCCAAUGAAACACAACCGUUAUUGCGUUGUUGAAACUGCAUCCGCCGGUUUGCUCAGUGUAGGGAGUAGGGCUCUCACAAACUGAAAUGUGAUAACGAUCAGAUCAUCUGUUUUAGCGACACUGAUUGGUCACGACAUCAGGGAGAGCACCCGUAAUGUUUUUUUUUGAAAUCGUGCCGCAGGAACUUUCAUGUUCACCCGAGAGAGUUUAUGCACCGUAUUAAUUAUCUCAUUAGAGAGCUGCACAGCAUUUCCUCAGCGCUGCAUCGGCUAAGAUUAUCUCCGUCCGUCUCUGAAAUGGCGAUUGAACCAGCUACCUGUUGGCUCAAAAACAAAUGUUACUCACUGAGUUGGAAUCUGACACGACUCCAUCACACGGCACCACGCUCAGAUACAGUACCAUUAACAUUAACACAAAGGCUCUCCAAUAGAGGUCAAUUACGAUGAUAGUUCAGUAAUCAAGACAUUGCAGCAGAAGUAUUUUCUUCCUCUCGCUGCUUAGUUUCAGGUACUUUUUUAUGCAGAUGUACAGGUAGCUAUGUUCUGUAAUCAAGUCUCCCACUGCAGCUGUAUGAGUCGGUUUGAUGUGAUCUCUCAAAUGGAAGGUGGAAAAUAUUUUAUCCUUGGGUAAUAAACAAAGAUGCAACAGAUCAAAUCACAAUGUUGCAGUGACUGUUUGUAAUGCCUGUGUGCAACAUACAUGGCAUGCUCAGAGCCGAGAAGAUAUCAGUAUUGAGAUUACAUUUUCAUUUACAAUACCAAUGUGGGUGUCUGUACUGUCUGAUUCCCAAGCAACAUAAGAUUUUUAACCUAAGUUUUUUUUG